AUGUUUAGUAUAUUUAAUAAAGUAAAGACCACGAUUAAUAAUCCACCCGUUAAAAAUCCCAUUCAGUCCACUAGUGAUCUUGAUAAACAUGCUGAUGAAGAAUAUGGAGAAGACAAUCCAAGUGUUAUUAGUGUUGACAGCGCAGAGGAAGAAUCCAGUCAAGAAAAACUCAUAAACUCAAGUCAAUGGCUACGAAAUUCAAUGUCUAACGAUAGAUUUUCAAAUCUAUCGUUACUUCAUAUUGAAAGGGACUUAGCUAAUAAUAUCACAUCUGAAGAGGUUCUUAAUAUAUUUGCGCAAAAAAGCAGACGUUUAAAGUUUAAAUUAAACCUUAUAAAUUAUAAUAUAGUAAUUAGUCAUAAUUUCCUAUUUAAAAUGUUUUUUUUUUAA